AUGUUUUGCACGAAGAGAGAUCGAGAAUAUGGUCAAACAUUAGGUCCACUUUGUGGUCUAUUAGAGAAAUAUCUUCGUGAUAGUCCAAAUCAAGAAGAUAUUAUUGUUUAUCGAUGUGCUACAUUAACAAACGAGAUGAUUCAUGAUUAUAAGACCAAUCCUGAUUGGUCUGUUUGGUGGGACGCAUUCUCAAGUACAACAAAAAGUAAAGACAAAGCAUUACAAUUUCAUGGUAAUACUUUAUUUGUAAUUUAUAUUCCUGGCCGGCGACUACAUUGUUCAGGUGUGGAUAUUUCGUCGUUGUCAGUAUAUCCAGGUGAAGAAGAAGUUUUACUACAACUUGCUAUACAGGUCUCUAUAAAAAAGGUUGAGUACAAUCCAAAAAUUAAUAAACAUGUGAUAAACUUAGAAGUUUGUCAUUGCGGUUGCAUUGGUGCCAAAUUAAAAACAGGUCACAAAUCAUAUUAUCAUAAAUACUGA